CUGACUGUGUUCCGCCCUUUCUUCGUGAGUUUGAACCUGCCUUACUCUGUGACCAAUGGAGAGCAACUAGCCCUACAGGCCAUUGUGUUUAAUUAUCUGGAUAGUGACGCACAGGUUCGCGUGUCUCUAACAAAGUCUAAGAGCUUUAUGAACAUCUUCGUUGACAACAACGGCGUGGAGGGAACGAAGCAAGAGGACGCCGUGCAAGAUGUAUUGGUGAAGUCUGGAGAGGCAAAAUCUGUGUAUUUCCCCAUCGUUCCAAUUGACCUUGGGAAGAUCGAUGUGGAGGUCAAGGCACAGAGCACCCGUGCCGCGGACGCCGUGAGAAGACAGCUGCUGGUGGAGCCCGAAGGAGUACCCAAGGAGUUCAAUGUGCCAGUGCUCGUGGAACUGACCAAUGGAAAAAGCUCAUUCACCAAGACCGUAGACCUGUCGCUGCCGCCCAAUGUUGUGAGUGGAUCAGAGCUGCUCAGAGUCUCUGUCGUUGGUGACCUCAUGGGCCCCAGUAUCGCCGGACUAGAUUCACUACUGCGCAUGCCCACCGGAUGUGGCGAGCAGACCAUGCUUGGUCUGGCGCCUGAUGUUUACAUCACGGACUAUCUGAAUGCUGUCCAGCAACUUCAGGGAGAUAUUGCUGAGAAAGCUUUAAAUUAUAUGGAGAGCGGUUACCAAAGGGAGCUGACUUAUAAACACAGCGACCACUCCUUCAGCGCUUUCGGAGACAAUGAUGCAUCUGGUAGUAUGUG